GGAUUAAGGGGGGCUAUAUUUAAACUCCCGGAGCCGUUAAGUUGGUUCGUACUCGGAUGCGCGCGCGACCAGGGUGGUGGCGGAGUGCGCAUGCGUGAUUCUGGGGCGAGUAGAACGCGCUCCAGCAGUGCGCGCUCGCGGCAGAGUCUUAGUGGCAGAGGAGAAAGGGGUCGGCGCACGCGCGGUUUAUUCCUCGAGUUGUUCGGGUCUCGCGGGCAUCUUGUUUUGGUCUCUUGGGCGAGGGGGGCGCGCUUCGGGGGAGGAGCUUGGGCUCGAGACUGGUCGAGAAGAGCAGAGCUGCGCGCGCACCAGGGAAAGGGGGGAAGGGAGCGGGGUUUAAGGAGGGGGUUAAACCCCCUGGUUUACCCCCGUAGCCCUCGACUGAGACGGACUAAGGGAAGGAAAUGAUAGAGAUGGCGGCGGAGAAGGAGCCGUUUCUGGUGCCUGCCCCGCCGCCGCCGCUCAAAGAGGAGUCAGGCGGAGGGGGCAGCCCCACGGUGCAACCGCACCAAGAGGCCGCCUCCGGGGAGCUCCGCGGCGGAACUCAGCGUGGGCCUGGUCCGCGCACACACUCAGCUGGGGUCUUGGCUUCUGGGGCGGGCAAGGAGAGCCCUGGGGCUACAUCCAACCCUCGAGGCAGCCAGGCGCAGCAGCAACGAGGGGGCGGCCCCCCGGCGCAUGGGGAGGCCCGCUUGUCGGAUCCCCACGGGCGAGCCGCUCCCCCGGACGUGGGGGAGGAGCGACGGGGAGGAGGCGGAACAGAACUGGGACCCCCUGCCCCGCCUCGACCCCGGAAUGGUUACCAGCCCCACCGGCCCCCUGGGGGAGGUGGAGGAAAGAGGAGAAAUAGCUGCAAUGUAGGAGGAGGUGGUGGAGGCUUCAAACAUCCGGCCUUCAAGAGGCGCAGGCGGGUUAAUUCGGACUGUGACUCUGUGUUACCCUCCAACUUCCUCCUGGGGGGCAAUAUCUUUGAUCCACUGAACCUGAAUAGUCUACUGGAUGAGGAAGUGAGCCGCGCACUCAAUGCAGAGACCCCUAAGUCAUCCCCACUUCCGGCCAAGGGGCGAGAUCCAGUGGAGAUUCUCAUCCCCAAAGAUAUUACUGACCCGCUCAGUCUCAAUACUUGCACUGAUGAGGCCCAAGUAGUUCUUGCUUCACCACUCAAGACUGGUCGGAAGCGACAUAGACACCGGGGACAGCACCACCAGCAGCAGCAGGCAACUGGAGGGAAUGAUAGCCACUCUGUGCUGCCCACAGCCCCCCCAACCCCCUCGCUCCUUGGGGAGGGCACCGCACAGCAGCAGCGGCAUAGGGGCCAGAACCGGGAUGCCCCCCAGCCCUAUGAACUCAACACAGCCAUCAACUGCAGGGAUGAGGUCGUGUCUCCCCUUCCAUCUGCCCUACAGGGUCCCUCAGGCUCCCUUUCAGCCCCUUCAGUUGCCUCAGUUACCUCUGCACCCCCGUCUUCCUCCUCACGACAUCGAAAACGUCGCAGGACUUCCAGCAAGUCAGAGGCAGGGGCUAGGGGUGGAGGAUGCCAGGGUCCCAAGGAAAAGGGCCGAGGGAGUGGGGGAGGCCGCCAUCAGCUUCACCCACUACCUGCAGCAGGUUUCAAAAAGCAACAGCGCAAGUUCCAGUAUGGGAAUUAUUGCAAGUACUAUGGGUACCGAAACCCUUCCUGUGAGGAUGGGCGCCUUCGGGUGUUGAAGCCUGAGUGGUUUCGGGGUCGGGACGUCCUAGAUCUGGGCUGCAAUGUGGGUCAUCUGACCCUGAGCAUUGCCUGUAAGUGGGGCCCAUCCCGCAUGGUAGGCUUGGAUAUCGAUGCCCAACUCAUCCACUCGGCCCGCCAAAACAUCCGACACUACCUGUCUGAGGAGCUGCGUCUGCAACCCCAGACUUCUGAGGGGGACCCAGGGGCAGAAAGUGAGGAAGGGACAACGACCAUCCGAAAGAGGAGCUGCUUCCCAGCCUCACUGACAGCCAGCCGGGGUCCCAUUGCUGCACCCCAAGUGCCCUUGGAUGGAGCAGACACAUCAGUCUUCCCCAACAAUGUUGUCUUUGUUACGGGUAACUAUGUGCUGGAUCGAGAUGAGCUGGUGGAGGCCCAAACACCUGAGUAUGAUGUGGUGCUCUGCCUUAGCCUUACCAAGUGGGUGCAUCUGAACUGGGGAGACGAGGGACUGAAGCGCAUGUUUCGCCGAAUCUAUCGGCACCUACGCCCUGGGGGCAUCCUGGUCCUAGAACCUCAACCUUGGUCAACCUACGCCAAGAGAAAGACUCUCACAGAAACAAUCUACAAGAACUAUUAUCGAAUCCAGCUGAAACCAGAGCAGUUCAGUUCCUACCUGACAUCCCCAGAGGUGGGCUUUUCUAGCUAUGAGCUUGUGGCCACACCUCACAACACCUUCAAAGGCUUCCAGCGUCCUGUGUACCUGUUCCACAAGGCCCGUUCCCCCAGCCACUAAGUGGCCCCUGAACAGAAAGUGUGAAGAAGCUGCCCGCUGCUCUUAAGGACCUGGGGAAAGAAGAAAGUAUCCCACAGUCUUUCCUUUCUGGCUCCAAAAGUUUCCUUUCUUGGAUCUGCAUAGAAAGCUUUUCCUAUGUUGCUGCCUCAGCCUCCUCCCUACACCUCUGGUACCUAAGCAGCAAGCCCAGCUGUUCUGGAGUUACCAUCUUCCUCUCCCCCGGCUCACUGGGCUGGAUGGCAUGGACUGUUUGCUGACCUCUGUUCUCCUAGGGCACAGGAGGUGGGGGGUUAUCAAGUUCUCUAGCCACUUCCUCCUGUUCUUCCAAGGAGAGAUUCCCAUUCUCCUCAGCCCUUGCCCCUAGCUACGUUUUAGUGGACCACAGAUAGAUGGACUGAGGCUUAAGAGGGGGAAGCUUGAUGGGGGGGCACGCAGGUACUGUGAAAAUCCCUCUGCUGUCCCCCAUUGGGAGAGGGGAUUGGGUUUGGAAUGUAAGAACAGCACAAUAAACUUGAUGUUUAGGGCAAUGGCCCCCACAUA